UGGAAGUUUGAGUGAGUGGUUUUUAUGUGUUUGUCUUUUGGUGUUAGUUUUCCACACCCAUUUAACACGUCCAGGCCAGCUAGCUGAUUUGUGGCUCUUGUAUUUCUGUUGUGCUCUAUUCAUAUUAUUAUGGCCCUGCGGGAUGCCGUGUCUGGAACUUCAGUCGAGUCGAGUCAAGUAAACUUUUGUACGUACAACGCGUGAGGGAUCCCGCUCCAGCUCGAUCGCAACUCUAUAUAAAUCAAAUUCUCGAUCGGUGCCAUCCAUCAAUCCAUGCACACUACUCAGUCUUCUUUAGUUCCAAACAACUUGUUCGAUCAAUCUCUGUUGAUCAGUUGCAAAAACAACCCAUUCGAUUCUGUCGUUUUCUAGCUAGCAAGCUAAGAUGACCAAGUUCGGUUCCUCAGCAGCUUUGCUCACCGUCGUGGUGGUCGUAGCGGCGGUUCUGUGCUUGAUGUGGACGUCAGUGGAGGGCAUCCCCAUUCCGAUAGGAGCAGCAGACGUAGCGGCAACAGGCGCGGGCUGGGCGGCCAAAGGAAAGGAAAUGGCCAAGAAGUGGGGCCCAGACGUGGUGGAGGAGGGGGUGCAGCAGGCCGCUGGGUCUUCGGCCCAUCAUAUCGCUGCUGCAGGGCCGAGCCAGGCCCAGGUGGUUGGGACCCUGCUGCUGCUGCUUUCCUUUCUGCUGUAAGCGUCAUAAUAAUUUAAUAAUUAGUAGCUAGCCUGGCUACACGCACUAAAUUAGUCCAGAAGUUCCAGUCCAAAGCUUGCUUUCCCUUCCCUCUUUCAAUUUCAUGUAUCCUCGUCCAUGCCUAUUAAUUGUGUUCUACUCAUAGUGUCGUCCGAAUGACUAUGAGUGAGCAUUAUCAAUUGUAUUACUAUGCUAAGGGAUAUUAAUUAAUGUUGGACCAACGCAAGGAUUGUAAACACAUUAUCGAAGAUAAAAUGUACCGGAAAUAUAGUCAUUUUUUGCAUAAUCACAAAUAUAGUCAUUUCAUCUAACAAAAUCGUUUAAUAUAAUACAAAUAUUAAAAUUAAUGACGGGAU